UGUGCUCGGAGUGCCACAGUGCGGCAGGAAAACCGCACCACGGCACCAAGAACAGAAUAGAGGAGAGAAUGCCAAACACAUAGGCAAUUCAUACAAAAAUACAUGGACAUAAAAGGGAGAAGGCGUCUGCUUUCACAGAACCCAAAGAAUGGAAAUAUUUGUGUUUCCAUUCUAGCUGAAGAGCUAUUUUUCCUCUGACACCCAAGGAAACCUUCGCUGCUUGGUCCGACGAAGCCCAUUGCAUCUGGUAGACAGCAGUAUGGAUGAAAAACAAGACUAGCUGAUCAUUGUGUCAACGAAACUGAAUAAGAAGAACAAAUCCCAGCAAAAGUCAAAUUGUAUCACUUAAAGAACCCGUGAAUACUCGGAGGAAAGACGCUGUAUGUCAUCAUUUUACUGCCGUUAAUGUUUUUUUCAAGAAAUUCCAGUGGUGGGAUGCCUUCGCGUUGUGUUGCCUCAUAGGAUUCAACAAUACAGUCCAGGGAGAAAUAUGGGUGAAGUGCAGGACGCCAGGGAUGUUAAGAAGACCUGUGUUGCCCCAGCAGUAAAGUCUUUUGAGCACUAUGACUUCCCCCGGGGAAAAAUCUGUUGCAGCCUCACAUGGCUGGUGGCCAAAGCGUACGGGACAGACAGUAUCCCAGCUGAUUUAAAGGACCCCUUCUACACCGACCAGUAUGAGCAGGAGCACCUGAAGCCCCCCCUGGCCAGCCUCCUGUUGUCUGCAGACCUCUACUGCAGGGCGGGCAGCCUCGUCCUGAGCAGUGACGCUGACCACCCCCUGCUGGGCCACGAUGCUGUCGUCCAGGCGCUGGCUCAGCGGGGGCUCUACGUCACCGACCAGGAGAGACUGGUCACCGAGAGGGACCUUCGGAAGAGGCCUCUGCAAAUGAGCGCUCACAUGGCAAUGAUCGACACUCUGAUGAUGGCGUACACUGUGGAGACGGUGAGCGUUGAAAAAGUGAUGGCCUGCAUUUGUCAGUAUUCGUACCGCGACCCUGAGGUGGAAACACCUUACGACACAGAGGACGCAGUGAACACCUGGAUCAACAAGGUGAAUGAGUAUCUGAAAGACGUUGUGGCUCAGCAGCAGAGGAAGAGUGAGACGCAGAGCGCAGAGCCUGCUGGGAGUCCUCGGUCACCAACCAAGUGGUACAUGAAGCUUGUGCCCGCCCGCUACAGGAAGGAGCCGUCCUCUACCCAGAUGGUUCCCUGGAUCCCCCCAGUGGACAACCUGCUGAAAGACAGCACAGACGGCUCGGCACUGGGCGCGCUGCUGCACUUCUACUGCCCUCAGCUGCUCCCAUUGGACGAUGUGUGUCUGAAGGAGAACAUGGCGCUAGCUGACCGGCUCUACAACCUGCAGCUCAUACAGGACUUCUGCAAAGACAACCUAAACGGCUGCUGCCACUUCAGCCUGGAGGACAUGCUCUACGCCUCCUCCUCCAUCAAGAAUAACUAUCUGGUGUUCAUGGCAGAGCUGUUUCAAUUGUUUGAGGUGGUCAAGCCGUCUUUUGUGAAACCAAGAAUGCUGGAGCAUGAAGGCACAGACCCCUCAUCCUUGUUGAAGAACAUUUCAGCCAUACCCAUCUCCAAGGCAACCAAGAAGAGCUUCAUGGAAAGACCCCCGAGUCCGGAAAGACCCAGUUUACCCCUCCGACCUCAGCCUCGAAACUCAGGAGAGAUCAAAAGGUCAACCUCUAUGUCCUUUGUCGAUGGAAACCUCGGCACCUGGCCAAAAGAAAAAAGGUCUGGUCCUUAUGGAGUGUCAUUUGACAUCCCCUUUGACAAAGAGGACUCUGCGUCCGGCUCCAUGCAUGGGAUGGUCCGGUCCGUCAGCACUGAUGACGGUUCUGGUUUCAAAGUCCACCACAUGCCCCGUGGAAUGAAGCGUAACCUGUCCUUCCAGCCUGUGAACGGUCAGAGUGUGGGCAUCGAUGAGGAGGGCUGCCCAGACAGCCUGGCUGGUGAGGAGCCCAGCAGACGAGCAUACCCCAACGGACAUGGAAGUGUCAUGGCAACAACUCCCUCCAUUGAGGAAGCCCUUCAGAUUAUCCACAGCCCGAGCAGACCCCCAGCGGAGGGGGUCAACAGCGGCUUCUUCCUGCACUCCCCACAAGGGGCUGGUGUUGGUGUCUUGGAGCCAGUGUCAGAGUUGGACUCCAAAGGGUCUCUGAGCAUCACAGACACUAUAGAGGUGGACACAGGCAUCCAUAUCCGAACAGAGGACAUGCUGGAUGAGGACUCCUCUCUGAAAGACUGCUCUGUAAACAUGGACCUGGAUAUGGACACGCCAAGCCCCUGCCCGAGCAAUCGGAGCAAAUCCCCCUCAGGAUUUAGGUUGACCAGCUUUGCAGAUCAGAAGAAGAAGAAGCCUACUCCAUCAUUGCCAGACUCAGGGAGGUGCAGCAGCAGCUCACUCAAGACCACUCCUGAGGGCUCUGAGUUUGGCCUUCCGUUAUCCGUCUCCUGGGCCCCGACCCCCGAGCACAGCCCCAUCCGUCAACAAACCCCAUCCCCCCUCACUGCUAAAACAUCGCCCACACCUGUACAACUGCCAGCAAAUGACCCUGCUCAGGUCAUGGCUACGGAGAUGGUACAGCUGAGGAUGAGGCUGGAGGAGAAACGCAAAGCCAUCGAAGCACAGAAGAAGAAAGUAGAAGCUGCUUUUACAAGGCAUCGACAAAAGGUUGGUCACUCUGCGUUUCUCACUGUGGUCAAGAGAAAGGGAGACGGGGCGGCAAGUGGGGAGGAAGGAGGGAAAAUUGAGGCAGCAAGCACAAGUCCUACCUUUACACUUGGGAGGAGCAAAGCAGACACACCUGAUGGUGCAGAGCAAAGCAGCACGGCCUCCUGUUGGACAACGUCACCGUGUGCAGGAGAGGAAGGUGGUCAGGGCCAGGCUCAGCUAACAGAGGGAGAUCUCUCAGAGUACACACGUUCCAUUGACAAACUCAACCAUUCACUAGCCUUCCUUCAGACCGAGAUGCAGCGACUGGCUCAGCAGCAGGAAGUGAUCAUGGCCAUGAGGGAGAAACAACACCAGCAGCAGGCUUGGGUCAUCCCUCCUUCAUACGCAAACCCAUCACCACAAAAACAGAGUCGAGCCGUUACCCGAUCCUCAGGACCCCCUUCUCCUGCCGACUCUCCUCAUUCUACUCACCGCUCUCCAACCAGCAUUAAACGCAAAUCUGCUUCCUUCCACUCACGUACUCCUCGCAACCCUCGGCCCAACGAGCUAAAGCUUGCCCCUUAUAAUCGAGUCCUAACUGCCCCACAAUCUGUCGACAGCAUCCCCAGGCUACGGCGGUUUUCUCCCUCCCAGCCCUUGGCAUAUGCCAUGGCUUACUUGGGUGAGAAACCAGCAACAGCCAAUCCAGAUACAAUAGAUGGAGAUAAAAACAAGGAGACAGAGUCACUCCUUUCCCCAGAGAGGGAGAGUGCCAGUAUAUGUGUAGCUAAUUCAGCGCCCAGCUCCCCAAACCUCAAGCUCAAAGGAGAACCAACCGAAGCAGAUUCAGUUCUGAAACCUCUCAUAGAGUCAUCAGUCCCUGAGGUUCUGGCCCAUCCUGUGGUAGAGACGUUCACAGUGACACCUUCAGAGAUCCCUCCCCAGCCAGAAGACCCAGGCCAAGUGAAGAGCAGCUUGAUAGAGGUUCCUCUGUCGGUCGUGAAGCCACUGGAAGAUUUGACACUUGAUGAUGAUCUGGAGAUGCAGCUGGGGGAGGAGGACGGCCCUGAUCACGAACAGAAGAUAUCUCGUGGUUUCUUCUUCAAGGCGGAUGGUGUGGCCGAGGAGGACAUGGCUCAGAAGAGGGCUGCACUGUUGGAGAAAAGGAUGAGGAGGGAGAAGGAGAGCCAGCAGAGGAAGAUGCAGCUGGAGGCUGAGGUGGAGCAGAAGAAGGAGGAAGCUCGACUGAAAGCAGAAGAGGAGCGCAUGAGGAAGGAGGAAGAGAAGGUCAGGAGGGAGUUCAUCAAACAGGAGUAUCUCAGGAGGAAGCAGCUGAAACUGAUGGAGGACAUGGACACUGUCAUCAAACCUCGACCAGUGGGAGGGGCCAAGCAGAGGCGGGGUCGUCCAAAGUCUAUCCAUCGCGAAAGCAUGGACUCCCCCAAAACCCCUGUCAGAGCUGCCACAGGUUCACGCCAACGUGUCUUUUCAGUCUCUAGCUUGUCCCUGGCUUCCCUCAACCUGGGAGACAGCGACAGUGUUCACUCUGAGAAGAGGUUGCCAAGGCCAGACUCUGCAGAUGGCUUCCUGUCCCCGAGCCGCUCCAGCAGCAGGAAUGGAGAAAAGGACUGGGAGAACGGAUCCACAACCUCCUCUGUCAUAUCCAACGCAGAGUACACUGGACCGAAGCUGUACAAGGAGCCCAGUGCCAAAUCUAACAAGCACAUCAUCCAGAACGCUCUGGCCCACUGCUGCCUCGCAGGCAAGGUUAAUGAGGGCCAAAAGAACAAGAUCCUGGAGGAAAUGGAGAAAUCCGAGGCCAGCAACUUCUUGGUUUUGUUCCGAGAUGGCGGCUGUCAGUUUCGCUCUCUCUACAUUUGCUGCCCCGAGAUGGAGGAGAUCAACAAGCUGACAGGUAUCGGCCCCAAGAGCAUCACCCGUAAGAUGAUCGACGGCCUCUACAAGUACAACUCGGACAAGAAGCAGUUCAGUCAGAUUCCAGCUAAGACCAUGUCAGCCAGCGUGGACGCGGUCACCAUCCACAGCCAUCUCUGGCACACCAAGAAGCCCGCCACCCCUAAAAAAGUAGUGCCUGUCCAGUCCUAAUGGAACUUGAUACCCCAGACUUCACCAUUACCCCCUCAAAUGGAACAUACCCAUUUCAAUUUGCACUUCACUGUAAAUAUCCAUGAAGAUUCAAGCACCUGCAAUGCCAGUUAGAUGAAUGCAUACUUGUCUUAUUAAUGUGUGUUUGUUUUAUCCUCUUAUUGCAUUCCUGUCCUUGUCUUUACUACUUACUAUGGACUGGACAUGAUAGGACUCAAAGAUUAUGAACAGCUGGAAUGUAUGCCACCUUUUAAGAAUGAUGUAAAUGCUUAUCACAGCUGUGUUUUUAGAGAUUUUACAUGUUUAAGUCUAAUUAUGAAGGCAUGUGUGAGUGUUGUUUUUCCUAUGUGCCAAAAGUCAAAAAAGAGACGGUAUGAAUGCCAGGACAUUUUAACGAAGCACUGAAUGUUUUGAAUUCAUGUACAGAUUGAUUUAUGUUGUGCAUUAUCCUGUUGUGGGGCCUUAUACGCGUUUGUUUGAGCGGGGGAGCGCAAUGAGGUGUUUGCGAGACAGCGUAUACAGAGGCUUUUUUGUAUUUGGAAGAACACUUUUUGUCAUCUCUGUAGGUUGAACAGUUUGUAUAUUAAGGUACGUUAAAUUACAAAGGGCCAAAAAAUGAAUUGCAUACAGCUAGUAAUAGCAACACAGUUAAUGUGUGUUCAACUCAACAAAGCGAAGCGGUUUCAGCUUUUUUCAAACCCCUUUUUAAGAAAGUGAUUUUAAACAAUGCAGGAAGUUACUUUAGAUCACUGGUUCUCAACCUGUGUGUAGGGACACAUGCAGACAAUUUAACGUAUGAUGUGUGUAUAUUUCUUAUAUACAAAUAUGCUGUCAUGUUUGUAUUAUUCUUUCUCAAAAUAUACAGUAGUAGUUGCAACUUCAAGACGUAUUCAAUCAAGUCAAAUUGAUGGACAGUGAAAAGUCAGCAUUGCGUCAGCCACAAAAGGCAGAGAACCAGUGUUUGAGAUCACUUUGCUGCUGUUUCAGAGCACAUUGUGAACAAAUUAAACUCUUCAGUAUUAUUUAUAUUCUAUUUUGAAAUGCUGCCUAAUGCACCAUGUAGGAUCUUUGUAGUAUAUUAUGUUGUACAAUUAAACUUUCACCCACUGAUAUCAGGAAUAUGACUCAAUGUCAGAUCAUAAUGACACCUACAGUAAGGUUUUUCUCUUCACAGCAAUAUCAGGAUUUCAAAUAAAAAAUGUACUAUUACUUUGUUUUCAACAUUAUUACAUUCUUCAGAUUCACAACUAUCCUAACAAAGUCUACACUUAUGUUACUCUUAGGCACUUUUGGUAAAGGUAUCCACCAAACACAAAAUGUAAUAAAGAUUUACAUUUUCAAAUUCACAAAAAGAAAUCAAUUGCUCUGUUAUUAAAAGAAAAAGACAUCACAGCAAUGUUUGCCUGAUUAAUGAACAUGGCCAAACUUUUAUUAUGAUUGUCAUUUUCAACACCUUUAUUCAUGUUUGCUCUAAAUUCAGAAAUGUGUGUUGACCCAAACUACGCAUUAGGUGAUUGUCGAUGUUGCAUACAUGUAACAUGUCCUAAAAUGGCCAGAUAUAUAGUCAUUUUAUUAGAUUUCAAAGAUUAAAUUAGCAAAGGCAGAAUAAGUGAGAUCCUUGUUGCUGCAUACGGGUAUGGAAAAAUGGAAUCUGCUGACAGGGUGCUUUGUUUAUGACUGAAGGGAUAUUAUGACCAAAACAGAGCAUGUAGAUGUCAUUGAAAAUGUAAUCUAUUACGGAGUGUUUCCCUGUUGUUUAAUCGAAGGAUUUAUCCACAGAAGCUCUGUCCACCAGGAUGAAUGGUUAUUUAAACUGUAAUGAUAUUGUACAGUAUGUUCCUUUGAAAGUGUACCAAUUUAGGAUGAAUUUGUUUGUUUGUCAGACGCUGUGCUGUCAUUCAACUUUUUGCUGAAAUUGAAGUUGAAUUUUUGCUUAGUUUUUGUCUUUUUUUGGCAUUCAAUAAAACUAAGCAUGGUCUCAGCA